CAAAAGAAUAGUAGUUUGUAACAUGCAUUCUUGAUUUGUAUCUCAGCAGGGUUUAGAUAUGGCUUUUACAGAGUGCAGUUUAGCCUUCAUCUUUCAUUUUAAAGUGUUGGGUUAUUGUCUAAUUGAAGCUGGGGAAAAAACUAUCUAAAUUGAAAUGAUAAUUAGCAAAAAGAGAAGCAAAGGAGAUUGAGAUAUCUGAUGAUACAAAAGAGUUUGGGAACUUUUGUUUGUUUUUGGGUGCAUUUUGUCAUGAGAAUGAAGGUUAAUAUUCUAUGAUACACAAAAAGUUUAAGCAUCAGUCUACUGUAAGAUCUGACAAGUAAAUUGCUUCUGAUUUGGCAACAUGGCUAGUGGACCUGGGCUUGAGUCUCUUGUCGAUCAAACCAUCUCAGUUAUUACAAACGAUGGGCGAAAUAUAGUGGGAGUUUUGAGAGGAUUUGACCAGGCUACAAAUUUGAUUCUCGAUGAAUCUCAUGAGAGGGUGUAUUCAACAAAGGAAGGUGUACAGCAGCUCGUCUUAGGUCUUUAUAUCAUAAGAGGGGACAACAUAAGUGUUGUUGGGGAAUUGGAUGAAGAGUUAGACGCAAACUUGGAUAUGUCGAAACUUAGAGCACAUCCAUUAAAGCCAGUUGUUCAUUGAUUUUCAUCUUGGCAUGAGUUUGUAAUGUUGGAAUGGAAUGGAUCAAACGUCGGUUACCAAGGAACUUUUGGUACAGUUUGUAGAAUUAAAUUCGGAUGUGUUAUGUGCCUCUGAACAAAUCCUUCUAGUCUGUGAUUCGCCACUGUAUGCCUUUGGUUAUGCUCUAGUUUUGUGUAAGUUACAUUUGGUACAUAGUCUUCCAGUUAUGCUCUA